UUUAGGUAGCCAUAUGGAUUUUUUUGGUUAAUAAUGACCACUUUGACUAGUCAAGGCAAGGAAAAUGUGGUUGUGGACUUUCUGGAACGGUUGCUGUCUUCUUAUCUGACUGGCACUGGAGAGAGUUCAUUAUGUUUUAAAGCAGGUUAACAAUUUCACACAGACAAACAAAAAAAAUUAUGGGCACAAAAACUGGAGAAGUUCAAGGAGAUUCUAACCCUGAUUACGACAGCCAAAGUGAAGUGAAGGCUUUUGAUGAUACAAAAGCCGGUGUCAAGGGAAUAGUAGAUUCCGGGAUGACCAAAAUUCCUUUUAUGUUCAUUGAUCAGAACUUUAUCCUCGAAAACAACUCGAGUUGUGUCAUUUCUCAUCAGUUCAGUGUCCCAAUCAUAGAUCUCCAAGGUAUCAGGGAGGACUUAACUCUGCGUGCUGAGGUAAUUGAGCAAGUUCAGAUUGCUUGUGAGAAGUGGGGUUUCUUUCAGGUGGUUAACCAUGGAAUUCCUGGAAGUGUUUUGGAUGAGAUGAUUGAUGGGAUACGUAGAUUUCAUGAACAAGACACCGAGGUGAAGAAAGAGUUCUAUACCCGUGACACAACUCGCAGAAAGGCGUUGUAUCUAAGCAACUAUGAUUUGUACAAGUCAAAAGCUGCUAACUGGAGGGACAGUUUGGGUUGUUUGAUGGCUCCUAAUCCACCUGACCCUUCAGAAUUGCCCGAAGUUUGCAGAGACAUAGUGAUGGAUUACUCCAAGCAAGUGACGACAUUGGGGUUUAUACUGUUUGAACUGCUAUCUGAGGCUCUUGGGCUCAACCCUGGCUGCCUUAAAGAUCUGGAUUGUGCUGAUGUACUGCUCCUCAUGGGCCAUUAUUAUCCUAAAUGCCCUGAACCAGAAUUAACAUUGGGAACUAGCAAUCACAAAGAUAGUAGCCUUAUCACCAUACUUCUGCAAGAUCAAAUGGGCGGCCUACAAAUUCUUCAUGAGAAUCAGUGGGUUUAUGUUCCAUGCAUUCCUGGAGCUUUGGAAGUAAAUAUUGGAGAUUUUCUACAGCUUCUUUCCAAUGACAAGUUCAAAAGCGUUAAUCACAGGGUCUUGGCGAAAAAUGAAGGCCCAAGAAUAUCCGUGGCAUGCUUUUUGACAAUAGAAGAUAAUCCUGGAAAGGCAUCAAGACUUUAUGGACCAAUCAAGGAUUUGAUAUCAGAAGAAAACCCUCCAAUCUACAGAGAUGUCUUGGUUAAGGACUAUCUGUCAAACUACUAUUCAAAAGGGCUUAAUGGUAACUCUUCACUAUCACCUUUCAAGCUGUGAAAUUAAUCUACUGAAGAUAAUUGGGGGCAAAACUGGAGGCUUGCAGAAUAAACAAUGGUUUCUUUCUUUCUUUUUAAACCUUCGGUCAUCAUGGACUCGUUUUGAUCAAGUAACCUUCUAACUUCAACUAUGUUUUAUCAAUGAUAAGGUGAUCAAUUCAUGCAUAUGUAUGUUGUGGACUGUUGUUCAAGCUGAAGCUAUAGUCUGGACUUUUUGAUACCUGACUCUUUAGAAUUUUUUUUCCAGUAUUCUAGUUUUUAUGGGUUUUCUGCACUAUAUUAAUUUUUUGGAUUAAUGUCUUGAAUUAUAAUGAAAUGUUAAAAAUCUAUAAUAUGAUAUAUGAGUUAUAAAUCUUUUAACUAACUAAUAGAUUGGAACCGUGCUGUGAUUGUUUUUAGGAAGGCCAAGUCCGGGUCCUUCUCAGUCAUUAUGCUGAUAAAAGGAAUUGACUUUUAUCUGGAGAAUAUCCAACAAUAGCUUCCAUGGAAUGAAUAAUGGAUCCGGAUCCUAAAAACAACAAUGCCUUCGAAUAAGCAUGAGUAAUCAAAUGAAAUAAAGCGGCUCGAUAAGACCCCAUACCUAGAGCUACCAUCAUAAAACGUUGUUGGGACAUUGUAGAGUAAGCUAAAUCCCUCUUAACAUCUUUUU